UUCAGACCUUAAUUUAUGUAUAACUAUGUUUGAAAUUACGAAAACAGUUUUAGAGAAAAGUACUGAGACAGAAUAUCCUUUGCUGACAUCAGAAUGUGAACUAACCAUCAAGGACUUUAGCAGUUUUCCUAAUGCUUGCACGGAUGAAGACAUUUUUAAAAAUUUUGGAAUAAAUGCAAAUAUUCGGAAUGUAUUUUCCUGUAGUCAAGUGAAGUAUUAUUAUUCUGCAAUUCUUUGUGAAUGUGUGGAAAACAUAAAAAAAUCUGAAGUAUCAGAAUUUGAUAUCAAUUUUAUUAAAACUGACUUAGACAAGCCGAAAAGUUUCAAAUUUAGACUCACAUUGCAUUCGAUAUCAUCAGGAAAAGAUUUUCAUGAUUUAUCACUUGAAGAAAGGAUAAAUUUAUCAGAGAAUUGGAAGGUUUCUGGAAAUUCCUUAUUUGUUGAAGGAAACAUUUAUAUGGCUGGAUAUUGGUAUAGCAGAUCAUUAAAAUCGCUCUUAUUAUGCUGUACCGAUGAUAUGGAGAGCCUCAUAAAAGAAAAGUAUAAAAAAUUAGUUGGUCAAUGCCGAAUCAAUCUAGCAGCAGUACAGUUAAAGAACCAUUUAUAUGAUCAUGUUAUUUCAAACUGUUCUCAAGCUUUAUAUAUUGAUUCAAAAAUGAUUAAAGCCUUAUACAGAAGAGCCCAAGCCUAUUAUGCAGAAGGAAAAAUGGAAAAUGCAAUGAAAGAUUUAAAACAAGCUUUAAAAAUUGAACCUAAAAAUAGUUCUAUUCGAAAACUCAUUACGCAAAUUAGUCAGAAUACUAAUGUAACAGCACAUGCUGUAUAAUUACUUAUCGAUCUUGA